UUGUCGUCUUCCGGGUGGAGGAUGGCAGAUGCAGCAAAAUAUCAGAGAUUAGCCAGCGAAUACGCUAAGUUGAAGGCACAAUUCCCUGUGUUAAAGAAAGCAUAUAUAGAUGAACAAACAGCCUGUAGUGAAGUAAAGGAUCAGCUUAAGGAAAAAGAGCUAGCAGUCAGGAAAUUUGAACAGGAAAUUGACAGUUUGACCUUCAGAAAUCAGCAGUUAUCCAAACGUGUAUUACUGCUACAAGAUGAAUUAGAUGAUGCACAGUCACACAAGAAAAAGGGGAAGAACAAACAUUCAGAUGCUAGCUACACUCCAUCCUCAAUAUCAGCUGGAGUAUUCAAUGAAGAACUUCAAAGGAAGAUUGAAGAAAAUGCCAAGCUUAGUCAACAGGUAGAUGAAAGUACUCGUAUGUAUCAGGGAAGGAUAGAAGAACUUGAGGCCAAAGUGAAGGAAUAUGAAGACAAAUUUAAUCAGCAUCAGGAAGUAAAUGAUGUGAAUAAAGAGAAGAAUAAAGUAUUGAUAGAGAGACUGCAGGAGGAGAAAGCAAUGAUUGAGGUUAAACUUCAAACAUUAGAAACCGAUACUAAAAAGUACAGAUCUCGGGCAGAUAAAGCAGAAGAAAGUUUGUCAGAUGUUCAGUGUCAGCUACAGAAACAGUUAGAUACUGCCAACAAAAUAAUAUCCGAUAAACUUCCUUUUAUAGAUACAAAAAACAGAGAAUUAAAUGGUUUAAAUUUACCCACCCAUGAUAGAAAACACCAGCUACGAGCCAGAGAAUUAGUUAGUCAGACAGCUAACCAUCUGACAGAUAUGGUCCAAGCCUUGUCUAACUUCUUUACAUACUCAGAACAGAGAUCUAAGAUUUACCCAGCAGAAUGUAUUAAUGAACCAAUGAGUCCUGUUAAUAUACAGUAUUGUAAAUAUCUCCAUGAAAAUUUGCAAUAUUUACGUCCACUAGAACAGUCUUUUAAAGUUUUCCUCAGUACUCUCAAUGAAGACACAUUAACAACACUGGAGACAGCAACUGACCUGCAGAUAUUUUCCAAAAAAUUUAACACUUGUAUAGAAUAUUUUAAUAAAUUAUUGCCAUACCAGUUAUUAAGUAUUGAAGAAGAAUGUGCUGUGUCAUCUUGUACAUCAACAUUAGAAACCAAAAACAGAGACCUUCAUAAAUCAUUUCAACAUUUAAAUCAAGUCUUUAAUAAACUACAGUCUUAUAUCAGUCUUCUUGCCUCACAAAGUUCUAAAACAUGUCCGCAUCCAAAAAUUAAUCAUCCCAGAUUCUUCACUUUACUCUGUCAAGUAUUAAAAGAUUUAGACCGUGCAGUCCGAGAAGUAUCCAAGCAUUAUAAUUCAAAAGUAUCCCUAGAACACCAGUUGCCUACAGCCUCACAAAAACUCAAAACUACAGAUGAAUGUGUUGUGUCUUCAUUAAUAUCCUUAGUUACAUGUACCAGUAAAUUAUCAUCGUUCCUGUCGGGUAAUAUAGAUUUCUUCGGUCAGACUGGUGGAUACAGGACACGGGGAAGUAGUAUUGGUAAUGACCCCAUGAUGGAAGGACCCAGGUCUAACCCGGCCACUGUACAGUUUAGACAAAAAGCUGCUAACUAUUUAGGCUUAUUAACAAUACCAUGUCCAGAUUCAGUUCCACAUAAAACAGCAGUUCAGAAUAGAAAAACUCUUCUCAGUUCAGCAGAAAGUAAAGAGGGACUCUCUAAACAGUUAACAACUUUCCAGCAGAGAGUGGGUCGACUGGAACAAGACAAAGAACACUACAUGUUAGAACUUCAACUUUUACAAAUAAAAUAUGACAAUGAAAUCCAGAAAGUGAAAAAGAUAGAAAAAGAAUUGCAAGAAAUAAAGCGCAGAUCUCAAAGAACUGAUUCUAUUGAAGAUAACAUUACAAUUGUUAUGCCAAGUGCCUCAACUAGUGAAACUCAGUCCAAGCCUUCAGUGCUAACCAGCCAAAUUGGUAAACUAGAAGCUAUAUCCUCACCAGGAACAGACGCUGACACUAGGGAAAGUCUGAUUAAAAACCAUUUUACACAUCGUAUAAAUGAACUGACAUUGCAGCUACAGGAAGCAGAUAGCAAAUCUGUUAGCUUUCACUCUGAGGUAAGAGCCUUACACAAACAGUUACAGAUAUCAGAUAAAACCAAGUAUAGAGCUGAGGAUGAACUUAAAGAUACAGCACAAAGUCUGGCUCAACUCAAAGAUGAAUAUCAAACGACUACUAAGAGUUAUGAAGGACAGUUAAGUAUGAUGAGUGAACAUUUAGCAGGACUGAACGAAAAACUAACACAACAAAAAGAUGAAAUUGAUGAACUAAGAGCACAAGCUUCUUCCAAGAGUGGUAAAAAGUUCAGAAGAUAACAGUAACAAAGACAUUAGUGUUUAAAGUUGAAUUUUGAUUUGAUACUGGUGAUAAAAAACAGAAACUCCAUUGUUCUGCCUCAAUUGUUGUGUCUACUGUGAUGGACUGCUCACUAUUUACUGAAAGUACAGCAAUUAUGGAAGUUUAAAGUUAUGAUAUGCUGAGCAAUUUAUGGCAUACAAGAAGCAAUAUUUUAUGUUUAAUAAACAAAAACUGUUGAAAAACAAUUAAUUUGUAACUAGUAAACAGCUAUACAUUUACAACUUUGAUGCAAUGACACUUCAACUUUUGGCAAAUUGUUAGCUUGGAAUUUUUCUUCCAAAAAGAAUACUGUGGAUUCAUGUAUUUUUCUGUGGUAUUAAUUAUCAUUGAUUAAGGAAAAAUGGUAGCUUCCUUAAUAAAAAAAAUUGUGGUAUCAAUAAAUUCUCCACAGAAAUCUGCAGGGAAAUUUCCAUUAUACAUGUACUAUCUAAAUUCAAAAUACAAAUUUUUAUUUUCAUGCAACAACUAGCUUGUUUAAAAAUAUUUUCCCAAAAAGUGGAAUUUACUAUAGUCUUUGCUCUGUAGAAGUAAUAGAGGAAAUCGUCAACUUUGGUAUACAUAAAUAUAUUUUACGAUGUGAUAUUUCUGUGUUUAUAUUGUAUAGAGGAGUGUGCACCAGGGAGAAUUGUAACAAAAACUUUCUGUAAAUAUCAUAUAAAUUAUAUAUACAUAAUCUCCACAAACUUUAUAUAUACAUCUUGCCUAAC